CUCAAUCAUUAUUUUUCCGUGUCGCCUUUUAUGAAGCUGUUGAGUCAAAUUUUUCCUUCUGUCAAGAUGACGUUGUUUGCUGACGAUAGCCACGAUUGCCUGUCAAAAAUUUGCGACAAGCCUUUUCUUGCCGCCAUGCGGGCCCAAUUAAUCCACUAUCUUGACACGUCAUGCAAGUGGGGGACACACGUCCUCCGCUUUUUCUGGCGCACGCACCGUAACUUCCGCGACGUUGAAUUACUUUUUUACCCUUGAUGCCACGUGGCUAUCAUCUGUCACACAUUUUCCUUAUCCAACGGUUCGUCGUUUCACCGCACCCCUAUAUAAAUUCGUCCUCUUCCUCCUUGGACACUUCCGCCCGCGCCGUCUUCUUUCUCUCAGCUGCAAAUUUCCCCUACGAUCCACAGCUUCCUAAACUCUUUGCCUUCCUGCUGUGAAUCCUUCGCCAUUGUUGAUGCCACCUCGUCGCUUGACAAGGCAUAACACGCCGGAGUCCUCCAUGGCCGCCGUGGAUCUUGGAACGGCGGAGUGGGAAAGAUCGAAGAUUUCUGCUCAGGACGUCAACAUGCUGAGGAAGCUGGGGAUCAGCAAGAAACCCCAGGCAUUGCGCUUCCCCAGUGAGGAAAGUUACCCAACCCCUCCAAUGGGGUAUCGGGUAAGUUUUGUCGACCACCUCAUCCGCGGUCUUUCCGCCCCCAUUCAUCCUUUUCUCCGUGGACUUCUUUUUAUCUACGGUCUGCAACUCCACCACCUUACGCCAAAUUCAAUCCUCCAUAUUUCCAUUUUCAUUACUCUGUGCGAGGCCUUCCUUGGCGUCCAGCCUAACUGGGCGCUUUGGAAGCGCAUUUUCUUCUGCCGCCGUAAUGGCUCGCCCAAUGUCGCCUAUAAUAUAGGCGGCGUUGUGAUUUCUGUUCGGCCCACUGUCAACUACUUCGACGUCAAGCUUCCUGACUCAGUUCAAGGAUGGCGCAAGAAAUGGUUGUACAUUGAGGAGGAGAACCAUGGAUGUGCAGAGUACAACAUCCCUCCUUUUGAUGGUACCGAGAAAAUUUUUCGCCGCCGCUCCUGGGACGCGGAGGUCACCGAAGAAGAGAGGGCGUCGACAGAAAACUUGAUGGCUCGUAUUCACGAGUUGCAAAAUACUCGCGGCAAAGAGUUAUCGGGUAUCCAAAUUACUGCAUAUUUUCUUAGGACUAGAGUGCAGCCGCUUCAGGCUCGCAAAAAUCCUCUAUGGAAAUAUGCUGGCAACGAGGAUGUAGAUCGGCUGUCGGUGGAUUUGGAAGUCAAAGACUUGGAAAAGCUUGUCCGAAAGAUCUCAUCUCUCAACAAAAAGGAUCCCGUCCCUGCUUCUUGUCGUGUAAAACCAUUCAGCGCCGCCAAUCCACUCCCCCAGAAUCAUCCAGACCUUGUCUCGCUUCCUCCUCUCCCUGAAGGUGGAGAAGUCGAAGAAAGGGCCAUUGUCACUGAUGACAAUCAGGAAGCUCCAUCUUCCGUGAAUGAACCCGUGGAUUCUCGAAAAUCUGCGGGUUCUUCCGAAGGUACUGCGUCGGCACAAUCUCCUCCUCCCGCUGUCUCCCCGAAAGGCAAAAGGAAGAGGAAUGAUGUCGAAGAUUCCGGUACGUCCAAAGCCGAAGAAGUUGAUCCUUCAAAUCAGAAAGCGGCUUACGAUCCUUAUCUUGAAUCCCUCGUCAGCUCCGAUGAUGAGGAAGAAACACCAACUGUUGACGUGGCUCCUCGGACGAGCACGUCACAUACUUUGCUUGCCUCGGAUACGCUAGUUGAAGGAGAAGAAUCCUCGCCUCCUCAACGAGAUAUCGUCACUACUACUCCGCCAUCAAGCCCCCUUGCUCCUUCACCAAAAAGGACAAGGAUUGAAACGAUCAUUGAGCCUGCCCCUCAAUUGGGUAGCUCUUCCACUCUGCUCUUGGAUGAUCCCAUGAUCAAAGAGCUUAUCCGCAUCGGGUCCCAAUUCAUUGGGUACCGUGAAUAUGCCAACAGAACUGAAGAGAAACUUGCAGAGGCCAACAAACGUGCCGACGCACUUGCUCAAAAACUGGAGCAAAGUGAAGCGGCCCGCAAGAAAGCCGAACUUGUUGCUAGCGAAGCCAAAACAGAGGCUGAUGAAGCCAAAGCAAAAGCUGCUAGUGUCGAGGAACUGCAGAAAAAACUUGAAGAUGCUGAAACUGCUUUAAACGAGCACAAAGCCGCACAGGCUGCUCGUGAGCAGGGGAUUCUCAAGCGCCUGAAAUCGCAAAGUCGACGCUUUCAAGGCCAAACAAACCAAGAGUUUGAGCUGGAGGAUCCCGACAAUGAUCCUCUCCUUGACGCACUUUCUUAUCUGGAGUUACAUGGAUCCGAAAUUCGUGAAGGCGUGGCGAAUGCUGACGCGGGACUGUCGACGCUGUUCCCCUACUUCUUCCCGAAGAAAGAGGAGCCCAAGACUUUCCUUGCCCUUGCCCGAGCUUCAAUUCAUCGGAGGACCUUGGACUCGAAGAUGCGCCAGGAAAACAUGAAGAUUGCAUCGGGGCAGUUAGUAAAUCGAGCUAAAAGCUCGGUGUUCUUCUCCCCAUGCACAUCGGAUGGACUGCGGCUAGCUGUCAAGGCGGAGCUAAACAUUGAUGUGGAGGCUUUUAGCGAAAAAUAUCUCGGGCUUCCUACUGCAGCGGGCAGCUUGACAAGUGAAGUGUUUGAGUUUAUCACGGAUAAUAUGCGUGGCAGUGCUAAUGGGUGGGCGGACAAGCUUAUGUCCUUUGCAGCUAAGGAAGUAAAGAUAAAAUCUGUUCUCCAGGCAAAAUCCACCUAUUGCAUGAGUUGUUUUCAGUUAUCAAAAGGGACCUGCAGCAAAAUGACGUCAAUUAUGGCUAAAUUUUGGUGGAGUGGAUGCCUAGACAAGAGGUCGAUGCACUGGUUGGCAUGGGACAAGAUUGCUGUUCCAAAGGGGCAAGGCGGCAUGGGAUUUAGGGACAUGGCUGCUUUCAAUAUCUCGCUCCUUGGUAAACAGGGCUGGAGGUUGAUUACAUCUCCUGACUCAUUGUGUGCGCGGGUCCUGAGUGCACGGUACUAUCACAACAAGAGCUUUAUGGAAGCGACGGCACCGAGGACAGCGUCGCGCACCUGGCGUGCCAUUCUGGCUGGCAGAGAAGCGCUGGAACGUGGGAUUAUUAAGAGGGUAGGUACAGGUGAAAGUAUUUCCAUUUGGGACGACAACUGGAUACCGAACUCUGGUACUCUACAGCCUCUGUUUCGACCAGCUGAUUCUACUGUAGAGAAGGUGAGCGAGCUGAUCAGAAACAAUCAAUGGGACCUGCAGAAACUCUCGGCAAACAAGUUUUGUCAGCUGGACAUUGAACGCAUACUGCAGAUUCCCCUUAGCAGCAGAGCUGGAGAUGAUUGGGUAGCUUGGGCACAUGAAAAGUCUGGGCUGUAUACGGUUAGAUCAGCCUACCGUAUGCUGGUUUCGCAUGUUGGCGAGGAACAAGGCAGGUCGAGUAUCUCUUCUUCCCACGGUCAGGUUGAUCUGUGGAAACGCUUGUGGAGUCUGAAGGUAGUACCGAAGGUGCGUAUAUUUUGGUGGCGGGUUAUGCGAGGCAUUGUGCCGGACUACUCAACCCUUACCCGGAGGCAUGUCAGAGACAAUAACACCUGCUCGGUAUGCAAGUCUGCUUCAGAAACUCUUCUACACGCAUUAGCUGAAUGUCCCCAUGCUUGCUUGUUCUGGACAGCGGCGAGGGAUGUUCUGAACAUCAAGCUACCAAAACUGCACCCGAAUACUUGGGCUGCAGAUGUCUUGUGUGAAUCAUGGUGGUCGCAAGAGGAGCGCGCUAAAGUGAUUACAGUUAUGUGGUCCAUCUGGUCAUCUAGAAACAAAUGGGCACACGGUGAGAAGGGUUUUGACCCGGGCGUGGCAAUCAAGGUUGUGCAAGAUACAUUGCUGGAGCUGGAGUUGCCACCCAAGAAUGAUGGUCUAAAGGCUGUUGGGCCAGAGUGUACUUGGCAGGGACCAAUCAACGGUGUGAUUAAAAUCAAUAUGGAUGGUGCUGUCAAUGCUCAGGAAGCUGUUGGUGGAAGUGGGGGUGUCGCAAGGGAUGCUGUAGGUCUCUUCAUGGGAGCAUGGUGUAAAGCUUACCCAGGCAUUGUCGACCCCCUAACAACAGAGGCUUUGGCGUUUCGAGACGCUGUGCUGUUUGCUCGGGCUCACAAUUUCAGUCAGGUUAUGUUUGAGACUGAUUGCUCGGAGCUAGUUCGUCAUUGGGAAGCAAGAAGGAGGAACCGCCCUCUAAUUGUGUUGGGAUUCGUAGCAUAG